AUGCGGAUGAGGGCCAUCGCGCUGCUGCCGUGUCUGCUGGCGGCCGUGCGUCCCUGGCCGCAGGACUACCCCAGCUAUAACACGCAGAGCGCGGCCAACGCGGGCGGCCUCAGCCUGUUCUCACGCGCGAACAGCGGCGCCAGCAACACCCAAGGGUUCGGCUCCGUCUUCUCCACCGGCCAGUCGGGCGCAUCGUACGCUGGAGGCUCCGGGGUGACGGGCUCGGGGGCCCUGUCUGGAACGGUGCUGUCCAAUAGUGGGCUGUCCGGCGGCUCGUACUCGGACCAGGUGGUGACGUUGCCGCGCCUGCAAACCCAAGUACAGGAGGUGGUGAACACCGUGGACGUGCCGGUGCGUCAGACCCAGUUCGUCACGCGCACCACCGUCGUGCCGGACUUCGUCACGCGCACCGUCGUGCAGACCAACGUCGUCACACAGACCGUGUUCAACACGCGCACGCAAACGCAGUUCAGCACGCAGGAGGUCGUGUCGACGGUUCGCCUGCCCGACGUCGUCAACACCGUGACGCAGACCCGCUUCCGGACGCAGGUGCAGACGCAGUUCCGCACGCAGACGGUGCUGGUGACGCGCCGCCGGCUGCGCACCGACUUCCGGACGGUGACCUCGACGCAGGUGGUGCAGAGCACGGUGCGGGUGCCGCAGCUGGUGCUCAGCACUAGCGUGGUGCAGGUGCCCGGGCCGGCUCAGACGCGCGUGCGCACCGCCUUCAACAACCGUGAGGUCACCAGCUUCGUGGUGCAGCAGCCGCGCACGAUCGUGCAAACGCAGACCAACGUGCAGACCCAGGUGGUGACGCAGCAGGUACGCCAGCCGGACCAGUUCGUGACCAUCACCAGCGUGCAGGUGGUGCCCGUCACCUCGCUGGUGGUGCGCACUCAGCUGGUGCCCCAGCUGGUCACCGUCACGCGCACGGUCGCCAACACGGUCACGCGCACCGAAGUCACCACGCGGGUGGUGCGGGUGCCAUCCGUGCGCGUGCGCACCGUCCUCCGCACCAACUUUAACACCCAAGUGGUGACACGUACGCAGCAGGUGGUGCAGACCGACUACCAGGAGCGCGUGCAGACGGUGCGCGUGCCGUCUCAGCCGCAGACGCUGGUGCGCACCCAGGCGGUGGUGGUGACGAGCACGCAGCGCCUGCCUGACACCUACACCACGCGCGUGGUGACCGUCAACAACCCGCGUCAGGUGCUCAACACGCGCUUUGUGCAGCGCGUGCAGACGCAGCAGGUGGUGGUGACGCAGACCGUGUCCGAGACAAUGGAGUGA